AUUUGGUCGGAAGUCCACAGAUGGAUUCGAUACCAAGGAAGCGACCCAAAUCGGAGACCAAAACCCCAAAACGGAACCCUAAAUCUUCACCUUCUCCGAUCAGAUCAUUACUCGAGCCAUCGGAAAGCUUCUUCCCUUCCAAGGAAGAGUUCGCGAGACUCCUGACGGUGUUGCUUGUCGCGUGUGUUGUGGCUUUUGGCUGCAGUUUCCUCGCCAAUUAUCUGGGCUCAGACACUAAAUCUUUCUGCGACAGUAACUUAGAUUCCAUCGAAUCGGAUUUAGAUUUAUGUGAACCAUGUCCAAUUAAUGGGGAAUGUUACCAAGGAGAGUUGAAAUGUAAUAAUGGAUACAGAAAGCAAGGGAAUUUAUGCAUAGAAGAUGGAGAGAUCAAUGAAUCAACAAAGAAAUUGGUUGGGCAUUUCGAGAGAAAAGUUUGUGAAGCAUAUGCUCAUAAUGAAUGCUAUGGUACUGAAGAAAUUUGGGUUCCAGAGAAUGAUGUUUGGGAAGAUUUACGUAGCAACGGUUUCUUGGAUAAUCUAGACGAGCCUGCUUACAAUUUUGUGAAAGCCAAAGCUGUAGAAGCUGUCGCAGAGCUGCUAGAGAAAAGGACUAAUGCUAAUGGGAACAAUGAGUUAAAGUGCCCUGAAUCGCUAAUGGAAAGUUACAAACCCGUGACUUGUCGCAUACAUCAAUGGCUCUUGCAGCACAUCUUCAUAAUCUCGUCCUCAUGUGCAAUGCUUGUGGGCUGCGCAAUAUUGCAUAGGAAAAUUCAGCGGAAGCGACAUUUUUCAAGUAGAGUUGAAGAACUAUACGACCAGGUCUGUGACUUUUUGGAAGAGAACGCAGUGACAUCAAAUUCUGCAAACAGUAGUAGUAACUGCGAGCCUUGGGUUAUCGCAUCACGGUUGCGUGAUCAUCUCCUUUUUCCUAGAGAAAGAAGAGAUCCUCUGUUAUGGAGUAAGGUUGAGGAGUUAGUACAAGAGGAUUCACGUAUAGAUAGAUAUCCGAAAAUUGUAAAGGGUGAACAAAAGGUUGUAUGGGAAUGGCAAGUUGAAGGUUCUCUUAGCUUAUCCAAGUUAAAGAAACGGCGAGAGACGCAGAAAAGAGUUAGACAAAUGAAUCACUCAAACACAAUCUUGCAAGAUAAUUACAACAGAAGAAUUGCAGAGACAAGCUCUUAGUACAUUUACAACAGAGCAAUAUAGAAGCUUGUUGGGGUUCUUCAGGUAAUGUUAUAAGAUCCAAGAACUUAGGGAAACAUUGUCGAUUUUGUUUUUGUUUUUGUUGGUUUUUGUUCAUGAUGAUGAUUGAAGUUGUAAUAGAUGAAGAAGAGUAGUGACUUAGAUUUUGUAGAAACAAUUACGUGAGGACCUUGUUUGGAUUAAGAAGAUGAUGUAAUUCGAAUUGUAUUUGCAUUCGGUCAAAGGAUUGGUACGGAUAAGGAGAUGGCAUGCGA